AUGGAGCAGUUGGCCCACUUCGUGACGAAAUCGUUCGAUUUCAACAACAGCCGCGUGUUGGACCUACUCAACAUGACCGCCACCAGUGGCGGUGGGCACCUUUCGGGCGGAUCUCGGCUCGGUCGCGAUCCUGAGUACGGUGGUCGGCCCGGAUCGGACUCGGAUCUGCUGUCCAACACGAGCAGCAGCAUGGGCGGUGAUCUGGAGGACGAAAUCCGUUCCCACUCCGUCGAAGUAGCUCCGGUCCGGCCAGUGACCACUUCCGGCGGAUCGGCCACUGCCAUCGCAGAACGACUCACACCGCCCGGAGCGACCCGUGCCGUGCCGAUGGCCGAUGAGGACGAGGAGACGAUCGAUAUCGAAAUAACGGAUCUUUCAUAUGCGACUAGUGGCGGUAGUGGUCAUAGUGGAGCUGGUUGUGAGGGCACUUCGAUGGCGGCAGCAAUGGCCGCCAAUCAGUCAUUAUUGGGAAUCGAACCACCCCUGCACGUUAGUAGCAAUUUAAGGAGUGUGUGCAGUGUUAGUAGCGUUAACGGUAGCAGUACCGAGCCUCCGAUCGCCACCGACGGCGCUCAGGACAGUGAAAGCGGUGAUCGAAAAGGAUCUACGAAUGGAUCCUCUUCACUGCUGCUGCUUACGAGCAGCCGGCGAGGUGACAAUGGUAUUAGUGUGAUUCGUAAGUUUGACAAUAAAGCAUCUCCAGUGAUCGGUGAUCGUGAGGAUGGUAAAGUGGCCACCGACUCGGUGACGAGUGUUACGAUGUCCUCCGCGACUGUGAAUGGUACCACGCAUGCUACGGGAGCCAGCAAACGACAUGUGCCCAGGAACUGGCUCAUAGCGGACCUGGUGGACGAGUGUAGUGAAGAAAAAUCGAAACAAGACGUUGCCUUAAACCUGGUGCGCUCCGAGAGCGACCCGAAGGUUGCCAAAGGAGCGAACACAUCGCUCGAUCCCGUCGGCUUGCAGGUUGUGCGUCCCAAGCCGGCGUCCGAGCUACUCAAGCAGAGCGUGGACUUGAUCAACAAUCACCAUGCGUAUCCUGCGGCGGCCAUCCCGAGCUCCGGACACCAAAUCCUGCCGCCGACAGCCGACGGAGAAUCAGACACGGAGCGUCCCCAGGAAGCGCUGACACCGGAUCCGGAUGAGUCGGGUGCGGACCCGCCGCCACCGACGGGGCGGCCAGCCACGGAGGAGCGAGUGAAUCGGAGCGCCGCUUCCGGCGAGGUGGCGGCUCCUCCCGUGGCCAACGGCCACGGACCGCUGGCCACGCUCACCAGCAACAGUAGCAACAAACAGCGCCGGUCACGGACGAACUUUACGCUGGAGCAGCUGAACGAGCUGGAACGGUUGUUCGAGGAAACCCACUACCCGGAUGCGUUUAUGCGCGAGGAGCUGAGCCAACGGCUGGGGCUGAGUGAGGCCCGGGUUCAGGUUUGGUUCCAGAACCGGAGAGCGAAAUGCCGGAAGCACGAAAACCAAUUGCACAAAGGUAUCAUCCUUUCGAGCCACAGUCCACCCGUCACGACCCCACUGGAACCGUGCCGGAUGGCCCCGUACGUCAACGUUCCUUCGCUGCGUGCCGGCCCCAUCAUCAACGGCGGUUCCGGGCCACCACCGCCAGUGGGCAGCGCCGGAGGGCCUCCACCUUCGGCCACUUCCGGUCCGGCGGCGGCAGCAGCGGCAGCAGCAGCAGCUGCGGCGGCCGCUGCGGCCGCCAACCACCCAUUCGCCGGAGCCGCCUUCUCUGCCUUCGAUUCUGCGUUUCUGUCGGCCGCCGCGCACCAGUACGCGGCGGCACUCAGUUCCGGCACCGUCCCGGCGAGCCUCUUCUCCCUGUCCCAGUACCGCCCGGGAUUGGCAGCAGCGGCCGCCGUCGCCACCCUGCCCGGGUUCACGCACGUGGCUCACGACAAGAACUCCAGCAUCGUCGACCUGCGGCUGAAGGCGGAAAAGCACAAGGAAAACCAGAAGAAAAUUGUAAAUAACGUGUCCUCGUAA